AUGGUCUGCAUUGCCGCUAUUAUACUGAUCGCAGAAAGAAAUACUGCCCAACAUAAUCGCAUGGUAUUCGCGGUCAAGGAUUACUCGUAUCCCAACUAUGGCGUCUUUGAAGUUCCUCCAGAUGGCCAAUUUCCAGUUCCUCACGAUAAAAGUAUAAUCAUGACUAAAACUAAAGUUGAAAGAGCCGGCACAUUUGUCCAGCUUUAUUGCUCACAUAGAUAUAAAGAUUACGACAUGAUAGGAAAAAUCAGUGACAAGUUGGUCGACAUCACAGAAGAUGCCGUCCGUAAGUUUGAGACGCCAAUAGAGACAAGUUAUCGCUGCCAUGCAGAAAUCUUAAAAUAUCAAGAGAAUCCAAGAGGUAAUCGGAAGCUUUGGUUAAGUCGCCCACAUCAACGCUGGUCAAAGCAUAAGUAUAACUAUUGUACUCCAAAAGUGCUAGCCAACAUGUCAUUCCAGGGUCAGCUUGUAAUAGAAGGAAACUUGAAAAAUUUUGUUCCGACUGGAGGAACUUCAAGCCUAGGAAUCAUGUUUGACGAGAAAAUUACUUUAGCGCAAAUAAUCUACCAGGAGCAAGUCUUUAAGGGUGUGGAUGAUGGUAAGCAAAUCAGAGCACUGGCUUGGUACCAGGGUCAUUUGCACAUAUUUCAAAGGACCUCACGUGGCGACUGGAUGCCCUAUACCAGACUAGGGGUUGAAAGGUUAAAUGGGGACUUGAUUUACAAACACUUGUAUCAAAGUAGUCAAAUUUUUUCCGAGACCGAGGUACUUUUGGCCGGAUAUCUCAAGAGAGCUCGGGGAGAAUAUUUCAUUCGAAAUCCCAUGGCGGACGAGUGGGAAUUCAAUGAGUAUUUGGACAGUCGUAAAAAAUUUCUUGAAGAGAAUCUUAAAGACAAAAAUAUAGGCACUCUUAGAUCAUCAUACGAUGGCGCAUAUAUCAGCGGGAAACCCCUAAAAAGAGGUGCAAGUAAAGAACAUAGGAUACAUAUUGUUCCGAGAAUCGAACUUUAUGCACCUCGGCUCAAUACUGUGCCGAGAAUAUAG